AUUGGCACGCUUGCCUUAUCAACAAUGCUAUUUGUAUUACAAAUAAUAACAUUUUAAAUAUUAUUAUUUAAGUAACGUGAACAACAUUCUUAAAUAUGGAAGAUCAAAUACAUUUGAGUAUAAAUAUAUAUAAGAAUUUGAUUGCAAGUUUGAAAGAAUUGCAACUGGAUGAUAUGGCAGAUCAUCUUCAAAGGAAUGUCAUUGACACUAACUACAAUAAUGGAUUACAAAGGCCUGAAACACCAACGUCGGAAAAUUCUGAUUACAUUUCAUUAGAAACAUCGGAUGAUGAUUCCUCCAGGGAGGACAAUUUUCAUACGAAAUUGCAGGUAGUAAAGGAGCCACUUUCUAUAAAUGUUAAAAAGGCAACAAAAUUUAGAGAUAGACCUGAAAUUAAACACAUCGCUGUUUAUCCAAUGAGGAGUAAUCCAAGAGGAAUGGUCUUGAUCAUUGCAAAUAAUUUGUAUAGAAAACAUAAGGAUAGAAGACCAAGUGCCAAACAUGAUGAAGCAAAUUUGAAGAAACUUUUUGAAGAAAUGGGUUUCAAGGUUAUAACAUAUUUUGAUUUAACUGGACAGGAGAUACAAAAUAGAAUUGAAGAAUUUUCACAUCACAAAUGCCUGAACUUCGUCCUGUAG